AACUCCACCCACGAUCUAACUGUCUAAAUCAGCUUAUUCACAUAAUACUCAACGAUUACAACAUUUAACUUGACCUGACCUUCGCUGUCUUUCGGAAAUUCUCGUCCAAAGCCGUCCUGGAGCAGCGUCGCUUGUAGAUGAUGUCAAAAUAUGAACAGUUCUUGUGAGGACUGGAGGUAUACAUUUCUCAGAGUAAAACAAGUUUGUUAGUAAUUGUUUUUGAUUAUAACAACUCAUGGCAGACUACGGAGUAUCAGCUGGACAAAAAGUAGUUGUGAUAUGGGAUCAGUCCUGCCCUGUAGAAGCACUGAAGGACUUUGUAGGAGCACUCCAAUCGCUAGUUGGGACAGCUGGCUAUGUGGCAGUUGAAAAUGUUGACAUGUUGAUCCAUUCAAAACACAGAGAGUCUAGUUUUGAUGUUGUACUAUCAGGGCUGAUAACACAUGCUGCUGCAGUGCACAGUUCAGAUGUUCUAACAGAAAUUGCACGGAUUAUGAGACCAGGAGGAAAACUUCACAUAGCAGAGCCCGUAACCUCAACUGCAGGUAAUGAUAGUGCCAUAAGGACUGCAAGCAAGCUCAUUUCUUCUCUCAAGCUUUCAGGACUCGCCAGCAUAACUGAAGUCCGACAGGAGUGUCUCACCUUAGAAGAAGCAACCUCUGUGAAAAAGCAGCUUCAUUACCAGGGAGAUGGUCUUGUCAGAGUACAUCUGUCAGCAAGUAAACCAAACUAUGAAGUGGGGUCCUCUACUCAGUUGAAGCUAUCAUUUGCCAAGAAAAGACCAGAAAAACCUGCAAUGGACCCAAAUGCUGCCAAGCUGUGGACGUUAUCCGCCAUUGACAUGAACGACGAUGAUGUUGAUAUUAUUGAUUCGGAUGCAUUGUUGGAUGACGAUGAUUUGAAGAAACCAGAUCCAUCUUCUCUUAGAGCCACUGGCUGUGGUACAGGACCAGAGAAAAAGAGGAAAGCUUGUAAAAACUGCACAUGUGGUCUUGCUGAAGAGCUGGAAGAGAAGGUAGCAGCACAGACGCCCAAAAUGCAAGCUAAGUCUGCUUGUGGAAAUUGUUACCUUGGAGAUGCGUUCCGAUGUGCAGGCUGCCCUUACAUGGGAAUGCCAGCUUUUAAACCAGGAGAGAAAAUUCUUCUAGAUCAGAACCAAUUAAAUGAUGUAUAAUGAGAGAAAUACUGGAACUAUGAUUCUGCAGAAGUAUAUUAUCUGUGUAAAGUUGCCAAGAUGGAGUUGGAUUCACCUCAAAGAAGAGAGAACACUGUUUGAGAUUUUUAUUGUAAUUGGAUUGUCACCCUAUAUACGUGUAUCACAAAUGGUGUAAAAAGACUAAUGGAUCUUUUGUUUCGAUGCAGUUAAGAACUCUGAACAAAUUAAUGGCACACCCAAAGUAUAAAGAACAGAUCUUCUGGGCACUAGAAAGAAAACCAGCCAACAUUUGCAGUUUUUCUUUAUUGUCAUGAAAGAUUUGAUUAAAAUGGGCACCCUUUAGUAGCCCAGUAACUUAGUAUAAGGUCACUGAAACACAGAUUGAAAGAAGCAGAAUCCAUCUGUGUGUAACAUGUACAUUAUUAAGAGUCUUGUUAACUUGAUGCUGUGGUGUACAGAAGCUUAUUAUGUUAGACUUCCUCAACUAAAAAGCAAGUGGCCCUUAGUUCUGUUAUGUUAUAGCUGAAAUCUGUUCAUGUGUUAGAGGCUUACUUUUGGGGAGGACUCUGCUGUUAUACCAAAACUUUUGAUUUACAUUUAAACUUUUUAUUUUCCAUUUAAGUGAAGUUUGAUUCCCCCUUCCCAUGAUCUUUAAACACUAUUUUACAUUUUCGCUGACCUACUGUUGCUGAUGUAUUUUAACCUACAAAUAGAAUGUCUUUGCUGAAGGUUGCACUCUUUUGAGUUAGUAACUUUGGUGGGAUUUGAGUUUUUGUAGUCUUGUCUCUUAAGUUUUCCAUUAUGCUGUAAUUCUGUAUUGGUUUAUCAGAGUAGAUCAGACAGUAGCUCUGUUUUUUGAUUGUGGUAUUUACUACAGCCUGGGACAUACUAAAGCUGAAAACUAAUUCAUGAACAGGAUGGGACCAGAAUAACACUCUUAAUCGGGUGACAGUACGGCAUUUUACUGUUGAGCUGAAUUUCUGUAUUUCACUGGAGGUAUGCAUUUCUAAGAAAAAUACUGAUUUUGCUAACUCACACUAUUCAGUUGCAUAUGUAACACACCUUGGGUAGUCUUGUUUCCAAACUGUUUUAAGGGUAACCACUGUCCAAGCUCAUCAUGCUUCUCUAAGAUCGCAGCUGUGUCAGUUCUGUCAUUGGAGUAAACUGCCUUUCAUCUGUAGAUUUCAACUCUGUGUGCAUCUUUUAAAUGGCAUUUGAAAUAAACUGAACGCAUUGCAAAACAAAAAAGCAUUUUCUGCACAGCAAAGUUCCAGGCAUCCUUUGUAGCACUGUUUGGUGGUAAAGUUGUACAGUUUUCUUAAAAUGUACAUGCGUAAUUAAGGUUUUUUUUGCCUGUUGGGGCAUACAAAAGUGACCUUUUCCUGCUUUUACAGCCGUACAAGGGCCGGAAUUGUGCUGCAAUUUAAUGCCAUUUCCUGACGGGUAAUAUAUGGCACUUGGUAUUGGAUUGUAGCUGGUUAUCUCCACAUUGCAGUCUGGAAGCUGUUUUUCUUUUCUUAUUUUUUCCCUACUUUAGAUGGAGUGACUGUGGAUAGAAAGUGUAAAAUACAAUUGCAGAGAGAAAGACCAUUCCAGCUUGAUUUAGUAGUUGUUUGAUGGGUUGGUUAAUGUCUGUCCCCUGGUCAUAGAUGAAAAUGUUCUGCACUAAAAUAUUUCCGUUAACACAAUUAUCAGAUUAAGUUCUUGGUCAAUGUAUUCAUAUGCUAGAAAGAGGUUUAAUUCAGGCAUUUCGUUGAUUCAUUGUGCGAUGUAACCUUUGGUAUCAAAAAAAAAAAACUUCAAACUGUGAUGUACCCCUAUUAAGAGCUAUGCUGCUGUUUUUACUUGAUGCACGUGUCACAGUUUUCAGUAACCUGUGCUGUUCAAAGUAUUUGAAUUUUAGUCUCACUGUUACAAGAUGUUUAGAUGAUGUAAUUUUUUGACAAGCCAGUGACAAAUACUGUUAACCACUACUCAUACACGUUACUCUGAUUUCUAAUAUGUUGUCUUCCAAGCUGUUAGUUCAUGUGGUAGUACUUCUAUUCUAGUGACAAUGCAGUAACCAUAGGAAGGAACGGAAAAGUGUUUUCCAAUACAUUCAAUGUUCAUUUACUUUUAAAAGAUGAAAUGUAUAGUUUUGUAGUCACAUUUUUAGAAUGAUUACGUUUUGCAUCUGAUGAGAGUUAUUAUAAUGCAUCAGUAUUACUUGACUGAUUUUCGAGUAAAAGGGCAGAAGAAUUGGAAACAGCAAGGUGGUUUUGAAAACCUUAAUACAUUUGUGUAGAUUAGAGGGUAUCUGUGAAGAAGGUGAACGGCAAAUGAGCAUUGUCCUAUUUGUCUGAGUUUGAUUCCCACAACCUCCACAUGUAUGCCAUAUUCCCAUGUCUGUCACUCCUGAGAUGAGGCAUACAGACUGAAUCUUAAAUCAGCGCAAAAAGGGUAAUUUCUGAUGGAUGGCUUUCAAGUCUGAGGAAGAACUGAUUGCAUUUUAGUUGAAUUUGGUACUAUUUAAUAAUCCUUAAAAUUGGCAGGUUAGGGAACAGAGUUAUGCAGCCUGUGGUAGGUACUUUACUCCCUAGCAUUAUAUAGUCCACCUCAAGGUAUUACAGCCUCAUAGGCUGUUAUAUAAAGGUAGUCCCCCACAUGCAGAUUUAUAAGCUAUUUUCAGUCUGGUGGAAAAAUAAAGUGUUUAAUCUGACAGUCUUUGCUAGAUUGUAUUGAAUCUCCUCAUACUGCAUAUUUGGUAGCGUCUUGCUUAUUUACUUUCUGCAACACUGCUAGAUCUUUAAUUGCUCAGGUGGAUAUUAUAAGGUCCUCUGCCACUGAAGGGGAGGUUUGGACCAGUUGAAUUGUAAUAUUUUCAAUAUGUGAAGCAGUUCUGUUUUAGCACAUUGAGUUGUGAAAAGAAUAGAUUGUGUUCAAUUAUCUUAUUGCACUAGUUUGGGAACAAGAUGUGCAUUGUUUUGCUAAAUAAAAUUCCUUGUGAUGAAUUUCACAUAAUUUAUCAGCUGUAGCAUUUUAAAGUUGUACUAUUUCCAUCUGAAUUAAAACGCCUCUUAUCCACA